UUGGUCUGUGAAAGUUCUGCAUGAGGAGCAGAGGGAGGUCUGCCCGCUUCAUGGACUGUCCUGUCUUUAUUCUCAGCAGAUGUCUGUGAAGGAGAGCAGCGGCUCCAUGAAGCUCCUCUGCUGUCUGUUUCUGCUCUCUCUGCGGAGCGCGGAGCUCCGUCAGGUCCUCCAAGCUCCGGACAUCCAGGCAAAGGAUGCAGCAGGUCUGCCUGCCGGGGCACAAACCUCCCCUCCUCUGAACCGGACUGAGACUUUCAGCCUGAAGCGGUUCACCAGAGGAGCCAAAGAUGGAAGUUUUAGAAGAAGAGACCCAGUUUCUCUGGAUGUUCCUCCCCGCAGACAUGACGACCCGAGCGGCUUCUUUACCACGCCGCGCACCCACCGCCACACCAGCUCCUCCUCGGGGCUCCUGAACCCUCUGAUGCCGGUCACCGACGCCUCCUACUGGGCGUACGCGGUGCUGCUUCUCGCGCUCGUGCUGUUCGCUGCGGGUCUCGUGGGGAACCUCGCGCUCAUGUGCAUCGUGUGGCACAGCUUCUACCUGAAGAGCGCGUGGAACUGCAUCCUGGCCGGACUGGCCUUCUGGGAUUUCCUCGUGCUCUUCUUCUGCCUGCCAGUGGUCAUCUUCCACGAGCUCACCCUCAAGAGGUUACUAGGAGACCUGUCCUGUCGGCUCGUGCCCUACCUGGAGGUGACCUCUCUGGGCGUGGCCACCUUCAGCCUCUGCGCCCUGAGCAUCGACCGUUUCCACGCCGCCACCUCUCCCGGCCCCCACCACACGCCAAAGGUGGAGCCAUGCCGCUCCAUCCUGUCCAAGGUGGGUGUGAUCUGGGUGGGCUCCAUGGUUCUGGGGGCCCCUGAGCUGCUGCUGUGGCAGCUGGUUCAGGAAACUGUCAGCGUGCCGGCGCUGACCUCCGACCCCCAGCAGCGCCAACCCGCCGCCUCCCUGAUGGCGUCCCUCAGAGCUCAGACCGACAGGUUUAAAGUGGACGUUUGUGUCCGUGAGCCGUCGGCGGCGCUCCCAGAGAGCGUCUUCGCUCUGGUUCUGACCUACCAUGAGGCCCGGAUGUGGUGGAUCCUCGGCUGCUACAUCUGCCUGCCGCUGCUCUUCACCCUGGCCUGUGACCUGGUGACCAGGCGGGUGUUAGCUCAGCGGGAACUACAGGAACCAAUCAAUGAGAAGAUGAGAGGCAGAUGCUCCUCCUCCUCUUCAUCCUCCUCCUCCUCGGUGAAGAAGAAGCAGCAUGUGAGGGAGCAGAGGCUGCGGACCGCCGUCAUGGCGCUCACCGGCCUCUACGUCGCCUGUAACCUGCCUCAGAGCGUGUGUAACAUCGUCUUGGCCUAUUUUUCGGCUCCGGUUCUGGUUCUGCCGGCGCUGGCUCUGGUGGAACAGUUCCUGCUCUUCAUUCGCUGCUCAGCGACGCCGGUUCUGCUGCUGUGCCUCUGCCGCUCGCUGGGCCAGGCCUUCAUCGACUGCUGCUGCUGCUGCUGCGAAGAGUGCCUCCCUGACAACAACUCUUCCUCUUCUUCUGCAUCCACCGCACCCACCUCCACCCUGUCCUCCCCCACCUCACCCACACCUUCCUCCCUGUCCCCCUCUGGCAAAGAGGAAGUGAUGAAGAGCAUGUUGGCUGCAGAGCCAGCCGUCUGUGAGGCGGAGAAAGACUCUGCAGCCAUCGGGACGCCCUGCUGAGCCCAGGACUUUAAAGGGACAGCUUGUUUUUUCUACUUCAAGGUUGUGUGGAGUAGUUACUGAUCAUCAGCGUCUUAUGCAGAUAGGAAAGAAAAAAUAAAUAAAAAAAAUUAUCUCAGGUUAAAGUAAAAAAAGAGAAACUGAAAGCUGAAAGUUUGGUCUGUGAGAUGGAGACAUAAAGCAUUUACAUUUGUUAUGAUGCUGUUUCUUCAUCAAAAUCAGACACAAAGUGGAAUUUGAUGUGAUUGAUGCUUUUAGAGUUUAUGCGGAUGAAUUCUGAGCAGCAGCCUCCUCCUUCCUGUAAAAACCACAGUCCAUCUUGACCCCGGUAGGACCGUGUAAACCCGCCCCCUCAGGGAGCAGCUGCAUUAAAGGCUGGUUAUCCUCCUGCAGCAGUGUGUCCCAGUUAGCGUGUCGCAGGUAUGACGCAGAUAUUCUAGAUUUAUGCCCAAUUUUGAAGCGGCCUGGUCUGCGCUAUGCUAUUCCACACAAGAGGGACACGAACUAGCUGGGAUUGUGGGUGUGGCAUGUUAUUAAUUUAUGUAGUUAGAAUAAUAAAAAAGAUACAUUGUGUCCAUAAAGCUUAGGUUUUAUUUCUAAAUAGAUUCACACCAAGGUG